AUGUCGAUGUCACCUAUCUCAAUAAAACGAGAGCUGUUCUGGGCCCCCAAUGAGGACAAACAUCCUCUAUUGAACAAUCUCGACACACAGUCCCAAGACACGGUAACUACCAUCUUCGGGCAUCGAGUGUCAGCACCCAUUGGACUUGUUCCUUUAUCCCCCGUAGGCGUUGCGGGGGAGCUCAACUUGUCGUAUUGCUUGAGUUCCGCGGGGAGCUAUAGUAUUGAGGCCGUAGCUAAGGCAAACGAUGCACUCGUCAGCUCAGGCUUAUCCAACAAUGCGAAUGGUGCGAGCAUAAACAGAGAUGGCAAUGGACUUGGAUGGCGACACGACGACAUGGCAGAUAGAAACUAUGCAUUCUACAAGAGGCACGGGGUGGGCGAUCUCGGACUUGUAAAUGAGGAAUUCACGAAGCAUCUCAAUAGGCUUGGCCUCCUUGCCGAGAAACAACCCAAGAAUUUUGGUGCGCAACUACCCUGGUUGAUGGAGAAUUGGCGUCAGAUCAGUGAAGGGAAACCGUUUAUGCUCAAGGGGCCACAGAGCGCGGCAAAUGCGCGAAAGGCGGUCGAGAUGGGGGUUGACAGUAUCGUAGUCGAUGAGGCGAUCGUGAGUUUAGAUGCGCUUGAGAAGAUUGUGGGUGCUGUUGGGGAUAAGACCUAUGUGAUGUUUGACUCUGGUAUUCCCGGCGGAGUAGAUGUCUUCAAAGCACUUGCUCUCGGCGCAAAAUUUGUCUUUGUCGGUCAUCUAUGGGUUUACGCUUUGGGUUAUGGAGGUGAAGGAGUGCGACAUAUUAUGAAAGGGCUAUUAGCAGACUUCGACAUUCUGAUAAGUGUUGCAGGUAAUCCAAACCUUCUUGAAAUAAAUCGGGACGCUCUAGACUCCAAGCCACGAGGCGCAUAUUUUCCACCAACCUAA